AUGACCUCAAACGGCUGCAAGAAGAAUGAAGAUGUACCCGUACAAAGCAUUCCGUUUAAUAAUAGGAGAAUUGAUAAUCUAAAAAAGUACUUUUGCGAAACAUUCGGAAAUGAACCAUCUUUCUUCGUUCGAGUUCCAGGCCGGGUUAAUAUUAUUGGUGAACAUAUUGAUUACUGUGGUUAUCCCGUACUCCCAAUGGCUUUGGAACAAGAUAUUAUAGUAGCAGCCAGCCUUACAACUGACUCCUACCUUUAUUUACGUAAUAUGAAUAACAAAUACGUAGAUUUUGAUAUAGAUAUUAAAUCAUAUGAAAAUAUAGAUAUCAAACCUGAUCUUAAUGGAAAACCGUUUUGGUACAAUUACGUAUUGUGUGGAAUAAAAGGAGGGUUGGAGUACUUGAAUAGUGCAAACACAAUUGGAUUACAAUUACUUAUCGACGGAAACAUCCCACCAGCAUCCGGCCUAUCUAGUUCUUCUGCUUUAGUAAGUGCUGCAUGUUUGACGUUUUUGUACGCUCAAAAUGCAUCCUUAAACAAAAGAGAGAUAGCUACUCUGUGUGCCAAAAGUGAGAGGUACAUAGGAACUCAAGGCGGCGGAAUGGAUCAAGCUAUUGCUUUUUUAGCAGAAGAAAAUUGCGCUCAAUAUAUUACAUGGAACCCUCUCAACGCAACACCGGUCGCCUUACCCAAAAACGCAUCUUUUGUAGUCGCACAUAGUUUAGCUGAAGCGAAUAAAGCAGCUACAAAUGAUUAUAACAGAAGAGUGAUAGAAUGUAGAUUAGCUGCUCGGAUUUUAAUAAAUUCUUCGAGUUCUGCGUCCAAUCUCAAAGUCAUAACUCUUAGUCAAGCUCAGAAAAUUUUAGGGAAAACGCUGAGUGAAAUGAUAAAUUUAGUACAUGAGCUAUUGCCGAAAGAGGUAUACUCGAAAAGUGAAAUUUGCAAUAUUUUAAAUGUGAACGAAAUUGAAUUAAAUAACUUAUAUUUAACGCAAAAUACGACCCACUUAACGGAGUUUAAGCUCAAACAGAGGGCUCUCCAUGUGUUUGGAGAGGCCUCAAGAGUUGAAGAUUUUCGUAAAGUUUGCAUGCAAUCCGCAGUAAGCGAAAAAAGACAUUCUAAUGGAUCUAACGGCAUUGCCAAACAUGAUGACGACACUGUAUCGACGCUUGGAAAACUGAUGACGAAAAGCCAUGAGAGCUUAAGAGAUAUGUUUGAGUGUUCACAUAAAAAUUUAGAUUAUUUAGUUGAUGUAUCACGUAAUAUGGACAUACAUUGUAGAUUGACGGGAGCUGGGUGGGGAGGAUGUGUUGUCGCAUUGUGUCCCAAUGACAAAGUUGAUGAAUAUAUUAAUAUGUUACAAGAUGAAUUUUACGUAAAAUAUUGCAAUAUCGAAAAGAACGAGGUCAACGCGUACGUUUUCGCCACUAAACCAAAUUAUGGGGCCAUCAUUUAUGCAUAG